AUGCUGUGUGUACUUUUCAACUCUAUUGAUAUAAUUAACAAAUGCAUAUAUUUCUUAAAAAUUUAUAAUAUGGAUGCAUAUAAGUCAUUUUUAAUUGAUUUUUUAGCUGGUGGAAUAUCUGCAGCUGUAUCAAAAACUGCAGUUGCACCAUUAGAAAGAGUAAAGUUAUUACUCCAAGUUCAACAUACUUCAAAACAAAUAAGACCAGAAGAUCGGUAUAAAGGUAUGAUGGAUGCAUUCAUUCGCAUACCAAAAGAAACUGGUUUCCUUAGUUUUUGGAGAGGGAAUCUAGCUAAUGUAAUUCGGUAUUUCCCAACUCAAGCUUUAAAUUUUGCAUUUAAAGACAAAUUCAAAGCUUUAUUCUUAGAAGGUGUCCCAAAAGAUGCAUUUUGGAGACAAUUAGCAGGAAAUUUAGCUUCUGGUGGAGCUGCUGGAGCAACAUCUCUUUUAUUUGUAUAUCCACUUGAUUUUGCUCGUACAAGAUUAGCUGCAGACAUUGGAAAAGGAGAGAAAAGAGAAUUCAAAGGUCUAGGUGAUUGUAUAAUAAAAAUUUUCAAAUCAGAUGGCGUUUUUGGUUUAUAUCGAGGCUUUAAUGUGAGUGUUCAAGGAAUUAUUAUUUAUAGAGCAGCAUAUUUUGGUUUUUAUGAUACUUCAAAAAACUUACUACCUGAUCCAAAAAAAACUCCUUUGCACAUUACCUUUUUAAUUGCACAAACAGUAACAACAUUAGCUGGAAUCAUAUCAUACCCUUUUGAUACAGUUAGAAGACGUAUGAUGAUGCAAUCCGGACUUAAAAGAGCAGAAGUCAUGUAUAAAAAUACAUUAGAUUGUUGGAUUAAAACAGCUAAGACAGAAGGUAUUGGAGCUUUUUUUAAAGGUUCACUUUCGAAUAUUCUUAGAGGAACUGGUGGAGCAUUAGUUUUAACAUUAUAUGAUUCAAUUAAAGAUAUGCUUGAAAAAAGUUUACGUGCAGAAUCUGAUUCUGUUCCCAAAGAAUGA